CUAACUUCGGCAAAUCUGUCUAUGCAGUUCCAUGGCGCCUGUACCAGUUUCCUGACUUCCUGUGGCCUAAGCAUCUCCAGCCUGCUGAUGAGUUCCCCACCGGAGAGGCGGUGCUGGGAUACAUCAAUGCAUACGCUGAGCAUUUCGGGCUAAGGCGCCAUAUACGCUUCAACUGUAAGCUGCUGCGCCUGCGAUGCAGCCCGGACAAUCGCACCUGGGAAGCCCUGUACUGCGACACAGUGCAGGAGAAGUUCUUCAAGGUUACCGUUGACUACGUAAUCAUCUGCACCGGCAUCUACAGCAACCCCUACAUCCCGAGCUACACGGGCACGGAGAACUUUGCGGGCACGCAGCUGCACGCCCGGGACUUUGAGGACUUGUCCAUGGUCCGCGGGCGCCGCGUCCUCAUUGUGGGUGCUGGCAAGACCGCCCUCGACUGCGUGAGCGGCCUGGUGGCCAGCCGCACCGCAGCCUCCGUGACGCUGCUCUAUCGCCAGGCUCACUGGCCGCUGCCGCGUCGCGUGCUGGGCGUCUCCAUCCGCAACCUCUUUUUCAACCGUACCGUAACGGCGAUGUUGCCGCCGUACUAUACGGCAGGGCGGGCGGAGCAUGCCAUGGCGGUGGCGGCGGCGCCGUUGAAGCGGCUGUUUUGGGCGACCCUGGAGUGCGCGAUCAAGCGCAAGUUCAAGAUCACGGAGAAGCUGCGACCGCGUGUGGGACUGCCGGCGGACAUCUUUUACGGCGGUCAGGUCCUGGAUGACCGCAUGGACGAGCUCAUGGAGUGCGAGGAGCUAGCCACGGUCAAGGGCGAAAUCAACUGUUUCGUGCGCAACGGAGUCAUCCUGCAGGACGGCACGUUCCUCCCAGCUGACCUCGUACUGUACUGCACUGGGUACGAGAAGACGUACGACUUUUUUGACAGUGACGUACGCAUCCGGCUUGGGCUUCAGAAGGACGGGCUGUACCUGUACCGCAGCUGCGUGGCGCCCCAUGUGCCCCACCUGGCGUUCGUGGGAAGUGAGUGCGCCGCAGAUCAGCACCUACAACAACAUCCUCACGCACGGACUGCAGGCUCUGUGGUUGGCGCACGUGUUGACGGGGCGGGUGCAGCUGCCGUCGCCCGCAGACAUGGUGGCGGACAUCCGCGCGCAGCAGCGGUGGCGGCGCAAGGUGAUGCCGCCACAGCGGACGCGCGGCGCCGUCAUGAUGCUGUACGGCAUCCAGUACCACGAUCAGUUGCUCCUUGACAUGGGCCAGAAGCCGCAUCGCAAGGGCGCCAACCUGCUGGGGGAGUGCUUUGGAGCCUACUCGGCGGAGGAUUACGCGCCGGUGGUGAAGCAGUUGGGCGAGGCUCUUGUCGCCGCGCAACGCGCCCAGGAGCAGCUCAACCGCGCUGCAUCUGGAAGCGUCAGCAGGCCCGGCGCCGUCCUGUCCCAAGCAGCACAACACAUGGCAGCGCGGGCUGCAUCGGCUCCGGGUACCGAAGCGGCAGCAGCUGCUGCUUCAAAUGCUCCCGCAGUAGCAGCAGUACCGUCAGAAAGAUCCUCCCCCGGGGCUGCGAACGCUGCCGCUUAUCAUUCGCGCCGAGCGGCGGCGGCGCGCGCGUUUGGAAUGGACGACAUGGCGGCUGUUACGACGGACCUGAGCGACGCAACCACCACGACGACCUCAGCAUUCACCUGGUUGGAGGCGCUACACAGGAGCGACGGCGGGGCCAGCCCGGAGCCUGGGUCGGGGUUGGUAGGGGGGCCCGCACGGCCAUGUGCAGGACCCGGCGGAUGGCGCGGCGGCUCGGGAGGCGGCGGCUCCUGGCAAAUGAUGCCGUCCGGAGCUCCGACUUGGACGCCCAGUGCGAGUGCGAGUGUGAGUGGGACCGUGACGACGGGGCGGGAGGACCGGACGACACCGUCCAUGGGGGGCAUGCGGUGGUCAGCAUCCUCCCCGCGCAGCUCCAUACUUGGGGGUAUCUACCACUCGGGUACCACGCUGCGGAGUGACCCACGCACCAGUGCUGGCACUACUGCUUCUGUUGUUGCGGCGGCGGCUCUGCGGCAGCAGCCUUCCAUUGGAGCCGCCAGUGCGGCGGAUGUUGAUGUUGCGAGCAAUGCUACGGGGGCGGCAGCAGAGGCGUGUAGCUCAUCUGCAACACUUCCCGGGUAUGGCAAGACGUCAUGGGACUCGAACUCGGCCCGCUUGAUGCACGCUAGGGGCUCGGCGGGUGAGGCGCACGCAGGUGCAUCUGGACCGCGGUUUCGUCCGGUUUCGGGGGCGUUUUGGGCAAAGGGUGUGGGCAGACGGAAACAGGGUCCUUCACCAGACCAGCCUUCCUUGGCCGAGGAGCUGGAAGCGGGAAUGGUGGAGCACCCGCAGCUGCACGAAGGGGCAUCGGGUGGGGAGGAGAUGGCGGCGGGCGAUCGUCUUCCGUCAGAGACGUCACCGUCGCCUGAGGUUACAAUUGAGGUUGAGCCCAGAGCUCAUUCGGUUCAAUCGCCGCAGGGCGCCCUUGACCUCUUUCCCUCUCAGUCCGCUUCACGGGAGGCCUCUCUUAGCUCGAAGCCGGGGCACCCGCUCUUACAACCGAUGGGCCUAGGCUGCAGGGUGGGGCUCUCCCCAGCGGGAGCAGAAAUGCAGUGCUCGCCACGCGCCGCCGAGCCGUUGCCAUCUGGGUGCAACGUCGAGGAAGGGUACAGGAAGGGUACGCGCAGCAGCGGCGAGGGCGAGGGCGGGCAACGGCCUACCAUCCAAACGUCAGCCUCCAACACGCACAUGGACAACGGCGAGGGCAGCAGUGCCCUUGUCUACGCAGGCGAGAGCAUUGUCGGGCAGCUUGGGGGCUGCGCCUGCGAGCUGCCACUUUUGCUGGUGUCCCCACGUAACGCGCAUGCGGACACAGGCCUAGUCAGCACCAGCACCCAAGCCCCAUGCAGCCGGGCGCACUCUUGCCCAAUUGGCGCUUGCAGCAGCGGUGUCUGGACCGCUCCCCCAGACUCUGGCAGCAGCAGGCAUGGCUGCAGCAGCCGACAAGGUAACGACGCUGCCGGCCCCAUGCGCGUGGGCGCCGGGAGUGAUGGCGGUGCGCCCAGCGCUGAUUUCGCCAAGGCCGGUGCCGCAGCCCAGGAAGAGCCCCAGGGGCACCUCUCAAGCAGCCGCGGUGCUGUGCAUGAUGGGGCAACUGAAGCGGCAAGUCUGUCCCCGCAGGCCCCUUCCAACUCGCAGACAGCAUCAGGGGCAGCGCCUGCAGCUACCAGGUUCCGGGGCGAAGGCCGCCCCUUGCUUCCACCCACUGUCUCCAUGCCAGCGCCUGUCAUUCCGGCGUCCGUUGCGGCGUCGGGAACACCCUUUCGCCCUCGCAUUGGCAGCCCGAGACGCGCCAGCCUGCUUUCCGCGGCAUCCGCGGCUCAUGCCGAAUUCCUGCGUGGGGCUGGCAGCAGCGGUGGCAUCCAUGCGGCAGCGCCGGUGUCUUCAACGACAGCCGGCGUGUCUCCCGCAUCGGGCUCGGAGAGCGCAGCAAGCUCGCCUGGUGCGUCGCUGUCGCUCUGGUGCGUGCCGCCACAGCAUCAGCCGCUUGCUGGGGAUCUAGCACGACGGCUAGCACGAGUUCGGCUAUCGUACUGUGAAAUGUCGCCGCAGGGCAGCGCUGCGGGUGCAAGUGGCGGUACCAGUGCGGGUGGGGAUGCGGGUGCGGGGGCAGGAGCAGGCUAUGCCGCCGCAGCAGUGGCCGCAUCGGGUGGCAGCGCGGGAUCGCUGAGGCUGAAGCCCAUGCGGGUUACGGGGGUGCUGGCGGAGGCGGCAGCAUGGCCGUCCUUGAAGUGAGUGGGUACUCCCUGGUUAGGUGGAACGUCCGUCCGUCCGGGGUUGCUUUGCUCUCAUGGACCGGGAUCCCGGUGGAGUAGGUGGCGGUAGAUGGUAGUGAGGUGCUUAAACUCGCUCUGUUUAGCAGGGACCUGUCGAGACUGUCUAGCGUUUUGGGUUGUGACUUGUGCAGUGCACGUGAAUUUUGUUUGUUAGGUUGCUUGUGAAACUGUGUUGGGUUUGGCCCGUGUGGUUUUGCUGGUGUUUGUUUGCUUUGGUAAAGGCUCUAUCGCUGUUUUGAGGUCUUUGUGACGAUGAUUCCGAACAGUGGCAAUGCACGCAGUGAAAACGUUGGAUACGGUUUUGAUGUUGUGUUUCCGGUGACGUUGUGGUGGUGUUUGCGUGUGCUGGGAGGUCGUCUUUGGUAAGCCCAACCCGUAACCCCCGCCCAGCGUGCAGAAGGCAAGGCUAGGCCUCCUGGGCCCCUAGCCGCUAGUGAGUUUCGGGCUGCUUUUGCUGCGGCAGGCACGCCCACACCAAGAGAAGAGCAGGUGUAUCUAGUCAUCUAUCAAUGUGAGGAACUGAAGCCUCUGUUUUUUACCCAAGCAAGAAGAGGUAAGGCAUGGCAGCUGCUGAUGGCUGGUCUUUUUUUUGAACUCAACCCGCGUGAGGCAUGGUUAGUUUGCUGUGGUUGGCUAUCUCCCUUCUGAACAUCACCUUCCUAGAUAGCCGAGGUGUGGUUCUAUGCACGGUUACGUCCAUCUAAAACGCGUGUUUGGACGGGCAUGAGGAAGCGGCUCUGCAAGAUACGGGUCAGCUUGGGGGAGAUCAUCUUACCGGCAUACCCUCACAACGUACAUUGCAUGAGGCGCGUGGGUACGGGGCACGUUGCAUGUCCGCCGCCCAUGCAUUAGUUGCCUGGUAGUCGUCGUAGAUUAGCGGCGCUAGGGCUGUGCAUGAUUAGAUUGUUGGCCCACAGGGGUUAGAUAGCUACGGUGGUUGUGCCUGCUCCUGCAGGUGCAUGUGUUGGCCCAUGGGGAGCAGUGCAAAGUACGGUAACCAGGCGAUUGCUGGGCUUACUCGAGCGCUGUGCUUUCGGUGAGGGCGAGGUUGCACUGAUGCACUAUUGUUUGCACACCUGAUGGGUGGAGCGUUUGUCGCCAGCGUGCUUCUGGUGACUGCGGCAAUGGACGCAUCGAGAGUCUUUUAGCUGCGUCUGAUUUUGUUCUGCACUUAGUACCUGAAUGUCGUUUCAAUUGUUGUGCUUGUUUGCGCCGUGGCUUGGUUUCUGUGGUAACGUGUGUGAUACAUGCGGGCCGCUGUGUUUUGGAGGUGCGCGUUCCAUUCUCCGCGUGCGACCUUCCCAUAGUCGCCGUGUCUUGGAUUCGUUUGGAUUCGUUUCCGUGAUACUAUGGGCGUUGCGACUUCCCAGUCUGUGUGUUUUCCGUCCCUGUGAGUGUGUGCUUUCAUUUCAUAGAGAUGUUUUUGUUUUGUGUCCUAGGGUUCGGCGCCCCUGCGCAAGUACAUCAUGCGCCCCUUCAUCCCUACCUUGCGUUGUGAUGGUCAUUGCAGCGCGUCAAUCAGGCAUUCCCCGCCAGCCCUGGAUGUCGUCGUCCCGUUCCGUUGUCCUUGAAAUAAAAGUUCGGACCUCUGCUUAAGGCAAGCCUACAUAUUUCAAACGUGUAUAGUGCACAUGUACCAUGAAACAUCCCUAAUCAUGGUACGGCAUCCGUUUCCGAUGCGUGAUUUCGCGCUGCUAGUCUGGUACUUCUCCUUGCAGUCACCCGCGGCUUCCUCCUUUAGCAUAUGCGCUGUAUCUUAGCAGGGCAGCGAAUGAGCGAGUCAUGUGCGCCGGGCAUGUUGCCUAGCCAGGGAAGCGUGCUUUGAGACGUGGCCGGUGGACAUUUUGCUUCAAUGUGUGAUUACCGGUACGCGAGGGCCUUCACCCGUUCUGGUGGGUCGUUAUCUUUUGUUUGUUUUCCACGUGUCGGUCCAUUUUGAUUUGCAUGUGCUCAUGAUGAUCUAAAUGGAGAGGCGCUUGUCGUGAGCAUGCCAUGCGCACCUCCCAACCAAGGGUUGGUAUCCCCUUGGAACGCACGCUUUGCUUUGUGUGUGGGAAAGGAGCAUAUACGUCGAUUAAAAGUUAACAGCUGGUGAGCAUGUGUAAUCAUCGGCUGUUACCUGCAUGACCCAUCCCUAACAUCAAUGUAGUUGUGCAUGAGCAGGC